GGGAGGCGCCCUCUCCACCUUGCACGUUAUCUGUCACGAAAAAAACGAAAGUGAAACACUUCGUGGCGAACUUUGGUCUUACUAACAGUUUUUACUUAUAGUCGGGGUCAUUCUUCUACACCCAAUUCGACGGAAAACCGAUUAAACAUCCUUUUUACCACGCCGGGAAAGGCGCUCUAGUCUAGUUACUAAAUCCAGGAAAACGUUUGGCAGAAGCAAGCAAGAAAAAAAUGGCGGCGAAUCUCGGAACAAGUUGGCUCGGAAGUAAACCACCACAUGACCAGGAGCUGAGGAUGGUGCUUCUGGGGAAGAAGGGAGCUGGGAAGACUUCCGUAGGAAACAUCAUUCUCGGCAGAGAGGAAUUCAGGAACGAAGGGUUCAUGUGUGUAAAGAAAAAAGGUGAAGUUGCUGGACGGUACCUCAAAAUAGUGGACACCCCAGGUUGGGACAGAGUUGAGCAGCGCCCGCCAGAUCCCAUCAGACAGCAGAUCAUUCGCAGUGUGUCCCUCUGCGAACCAGGACCCCACGCCAUCCUCCUCGUCAUCCCUGUUGGCAAGUUUCCCGAAAGAGAGAGGAAAACAGUUGUCAAACACAUGGACUUCCUGCAAGAUAGAGUCUGGAAACACACUUUAGUGCUGUUUGUUUGUGAGGAUGAACUAAGGGACACGACCAUUGAGGACCAUAUCCAAAAAAGUGGGAAAGCUCUUGAGAGGCUCCUGGAGCAAUGUGAGAACAGGUAUCAUGUUCUUAACAUCUCCUCCAACUCUCGCACCCAAGUCACUGAGCUGCUGAAAAAGAUUGAGGAGAUUGUGCAAGAGAACUGUGGUGAUUUCUAUAUUCCUCCAGUUUACUAUGAGUUAAUAGAGAGCAAAAUACCAAGAGACUUAAGAGAGGUGAAAGUGAUGUAUGAGAAAAGAGAAGAGGAGCUAAAACAGACAUAUAAGAGAAAAACUGCAGACCUAGAGAAGAAAUUAGAGUGGGAAAAGAGAGGAAAUGAACUUAGGGGAGGAUUAAGAAAGCGAAGGAGCAGCUUCGACCUUAUUCAUCCUAACUUGGGAGGAACCAGAGGACCUGAAGCACCAGCGAAGACAGCCGAGGAGGAAGAGCAAAUGAGGGAAGGGGGACAGAGAGUGGACCUGGAAGUUGUCCGUUUGGGUUACAGGGAAGAGGCCAUGAACGUUGUAACACACUACUUCAAGCCAGCGAUUGUGGUUAUUUCCGCAGUCGUUGGGGCACUAAUUGGCUCCAUCGGGGGAGCAUCCCGGGGGGUGGUUGGUUCAAUCCUCGGCAUUCCAGUUGGAGUGACUGUUGCGCUUAUACUAGCAUGGCUGGUCAGGAAAGAGGCCAGAGCAGCAAGAGGAGUCCCUGCUCCACUCUCAGUCCACCCCACAACCCCAACAACCCCAACAAGCCCAUCACCACCCUCUUAGACAUCACCCUCCUGCUAUAUAUGGAUAAAUUAUUAAUUGAAUAUUCUGUCCUCUCCCUCACUAUCCAAUUUACCAAAAAUUUCACAUUUUAUGAAACAAAUUCCUGUUUUGUCAUUUUUAUUAUGUGCUAAUUUUAAGCACUGUACAAUUAUUUUGGGGAAAAAUAUUUUUUAAAAGAUGAUUUAUUAGUAGGGGAUGCAGUGGCGCAGUGGGU